UCUAAACUUUACAAGUUUUAACAGGCGCGGACAGGAAAACCGUGUCGAUUAUGUUUGAGGGUGAAUAGUCUUUUUGUUUCUUUUUUAUGUGAAUAAUCAUGGCAUACGUGCAUGUGAAGGAAUGGAAUGUGGACCAAGUGAUAGAGUGGCUCAAAGGUUUGGAUGGGGUUGUUUUAUCGUAUACUAAUAAUUUCUUAAACAAUGAGAUCACUGGUACAAAAGUUCUUGAUUUAACUGCUAGCGAUUUAGAAAAUUUGGGUGUUACUAUCAUCGGACAUCAAGAAAUCCUUUUAGAAGCUAUACAACAUUUAAAAAAUUUUUAUUAUGAUUUGGAUAAAGAAAACCUUCAACUCUUAGCAUUACGAUUAUCAUGUGCAGCAAGAUCUUUACAUAAUGAAUUAAAAUGGUUAGAUAAAAAAACAGGUUCAAUACCAACAGAAGUAAUGUCAGAAGCUCAUAAUGUUAUUCAAAAAGUAAAACCAAUUGUAUCUUGGUUAACAAGAAGACCAUUCAUAAACAACAGAGAAUUUGCUCAGAUACAAAGUAAAUUAUUAAAUUUGUGUGUGGAAAUGGCAUUUAGUGCUCAUAGGGAUACUUUUUCUGAAAAUCCUUUAGACACCAUACAAAACGCUUGCCAUCAAUUGACAUAUUUAGCUGAUCAUAUGGUACAAUAUACAGAUCCUUUAAUUUUACAACCGGCAGCGUUAAAUCUUACUACUGUUCGAAAAAAAGAACAAGAAUUAGGAUUAUUUAUUUUCCCCAACUAUCAUUUGAUACAUCAAAUAGCUGAAUUUAAACAUAAUUCUCCAGCAUCUCUAAGUAACAAAUUAGAAAUUGGUGAUGAGAUUGUUCAAGUGAAUUAUCAAACAGUGGUGGGUUGGCAGAGACAAAAUGUUAUGUUAUUACUAAGAGAUUCACCACCUGAAGUUGUAUUAACAUUGAAAAAACUUCCUCAAAUGUCUAAAAUUUAUGGUCCUAUUUACAUAAAACCAUAUCGAUUACCAAGCAAAAAAAGAGCAACACCUUACUCAAGAUGGAAUGAAAAUUUACCAUCACCACGACUCCUCACUGUUAAUGACCUUCCACAAAUACCAGCACCAAAACCAGCACCUGCAAUAACCGAAUUGGAAAGUGACUCAAGUAGUGAUAACGACAUGGAUCCACCAGAUAGUCCAUUGGAUGGGCCCAGAACGUUAUAUCCUAUGAAAUCAAGCAGACCUGUCCUUCAACGAAGAAAUACUAUUAGUGGAGCUACACCUAGUAAUCAAAAGGCUUAUCCUGGUUUAGAACAGUUCUUACAAAUGUAUAAACACGAAGCGUUCCAUUCGAGUUCGUACAAUCACAUUCAGAACAAUUUCGAAGACGAGGCCACUCUGUUACGAGAUAAGAGCGCAUCCUGCAGCCAUGGUUUGGAGCUGUCGGUGAGACCAACGACUGUUAUUGGUUUAUCGCCGAAUAGAAAAGAUCGCCAAAAUUCGUUAAAGCUGAAAAAAGUGGUGUUUCAAGAAGCCAAACCGAAGAACGUGAUUAAAGAGGAGAAAAUUUGCGUUGGUGAAGUGAAAAGUGUUAGCGUAAACUCUUUGAAUAGCCUGACCGGAAGUAAUGCUAAUAUAGACUUUAUCGACGAAGCUGAAGACAUCACCGAUAGAAGUAACAUGGGGGCUGAUGACCAACACGAUGAGGGGAGCGAAAAGGAUAAGAUGUGCGCCGAAUUAAAAAACGUACAUGUCCAUAACAUUAUUAAAAAAUUUGACGAGAAAAUAAUUUUGUUAGAAAGCAACCCCGCCGUUAUUAACAACGCCGUUAGAGCAAAAAUUCAAAACAGAUUCGUUUCUGUCACAGAAAAAGAUACUAAAGAUGUUGAAACUAAAGUGUGGGAAUACAAUUUGGCGAAUAAGCAAGAAAGGAAUACACCAGACUCUUCUGAGGGAAUCAAAUAUGAAUUAGGCAUUCCCGUUGUUGAAACAAAAAAUUCUUAUAUGAUUAUGACCCCUGGUAAAGAUAACGUGGUUGAUGUUCCACCAAAACCACCGCCAAGAACGUAUUAUCCUGAUAAUUACAAACCUAAAUAUCCGAUUGAUUCACCCAAACCACCAAUUGAAACGCCAAAAAAGAGAAAUAAAGAUAUUCCUCCGUUACCUCCACCAAGAUCAGAUGAAAAACGUAUCACUGAAAUAACUGAAAACGAACCAAUUCUCUCCAAGGUGCAAGAAGAAAUUGUGAAACCAGAUAUCAUUGAAAAUACUCCAGAAAGUUGUUCCAGAAAAAUUAUAGAAAGUAAAGCAAGUUCAAUUAAAAGGAAUAAAUUAGAAGUUGAAGAUGGCAAAAUAACUAGUCCUGUUGUUAAAAGUUCUUCCAUGUCAAAAGUAUCACCAACAAACUCAAUCGUACGAGCUAUGAUUUAUCCAAACAAAGGAAAAUCUGCUAAAAAGAAGAAUACAUUAACUGCAAGGAAAAGAAAAGUAUCAGUUGCUGAUGUAACACCAGGAGAUAUGGAAGGAUAUCUAUUUCAAAGAUUUCGUCCAAAAGAUGGUCAAGCAGCAUAUUGGGAUAAACUUUGGUUUAUAUUAAUCGGUAAUCGUUUAUAUGGAUUUACAUCAAAAGAAGCAACCAAAGCUAACGUUUUAAUCUACCUCACGGGAUUUACUGUUUCCCUAGCUUCAGAAGUAAAAUCAAAAUCGUACGCUUUCAAAGUUUAUUAUACAGGAACAAUCUUUUAUUUUUCCGCCGAAACUCAAGAAACAAUGAGCGGCUGGAUGGAAAUGAUAUCCGACGCGAUUUUAAGAUCCGAUUUGGCAAAACCCGACGAAUCCGUUCUGUAUUCAGAAACGGACGAUUCAGACACAGAAAAACCAAAAUCUCCAACAGAAAAAUCUCCCGGUGAUGGUAUUAAAAAGUUUGGUUCGCUAAAAAAGUUUACUUCGAAAAAAAAUAAUGACACUUCGCAUAGCUUAGAUCGUAAAUGGUUUUUUAAUAAAUCGACAAGUUCGAAAUCUUCAGUUCCGAUUCCUACGGCUCAAUUUCGUUCGUACCGUAAAAUAUUAACGACUCCAAUGGAAAGUGUAUCAACAGGGAAUUUUACUUCGCAUAUUCCUAAUUUUGCGACGAAUUUUUCGUCCCCGCAAAACGUGAGCGUCCCAAAUUUAGUUAUUGAACUUCCAAAAACAUCGUUACUAACAAUGAAUAAAAAUAAAACAAAGAAUUUUAGUCACGCAAGCAAUCCUAGUUUAUAUAAUUUAAACGAAUUUAAUGCGUCAUUUCUUGGGUCGCAUCACACAAGGGAUAAUUUCGCUGGUUGUAUGACCUUAGAAGAAUUAAUGAAAAAACAACAAGAAGAACAAAAAAUUAAUCAACCACACUUAAACGAAGCCAUUAAUAUAGAUUUAAUAAAACCGGACGUCGUUUACGGCGAAGUCCCAAUACGACCAAAAGAAAAAGUCGAAUUAAAAAAGAAAAACAGCUUUUCAGAGAAAAAAAACGAUUCCACAUCGUUUUGUUUCGGAAAGAAAUCCUCGAAAAUCGACGAUUCCGAUUUUAACAUGUCGACUUAUCCAAAAAGUAAACACCAAGAUUUAAAAAAUAACCGCUCUUUACCAAGAGCACAUAAAAUUCAUCCCACAUACGAUCAAGCUAUAUCAAACACCGCAAAACAAUAUUCAGAUUCAUGUAGGUCGCUUGCGAAAGUCGAAGAUAAUGAAGAUGAAUACAAUAAAGAUGUUGCUAAUUCUAAAUUAAAAUCUGCAAUACAAUACACUCCGAUGACGGUUCCUUUAAGUGACGAUAAAUCAAAAUUAAAUCCUAAAUUAGCGUUUGAAUUAAAUUUGGAUGAGAAAAAUCAUAAAGGUGGGGGAGGUUUUAUGAAUUUAUUUUAUAAAUCGAACAGAGAAAAAGUAACAUCACCAAAAUUGGGAAGAUUAAUUUUAUCGAAAAAUAACAGUGGAAAUAAUGAUAAUACAUAUCAGUCACAAAUACAGUCAUAUUCAACUCCUGUUUAUCAACAUUCGCAUAAAACUGAAGAAAAUCUGCACAGUCAAAUAAGUCAACAUGUUGAUUAUCCAGAUUUAGAAUAUCCUCCGGUAUUUCAAGCUGAAACAUAUUCUCUUUCAGAUCCGCAAAGUCUCACGUUGCUUCGAAAACAAGCUCGAAACACAUAAAUGAAAAUUUUUUUUAUUAAUUUCCAAUUGUACCGUUUUUUAUUAGGUUUUAGUAGUUUGUUGUGUAAUUUAGGUCAAGUUUUUUAAAUGAUGUAGCAAUAUUUGCCAAUUUGUUAGGUAUACUUGUUCUUUUUACGUAAUAAUUGUAUUCUUCCUGCAAACAAAAAAGUAUUAAUAAUACUGUAAGAAAUCGAUAGUCUGUGAUAUAGGACAUACACACCAACUAAUCAGAUAAGAGAGAAAACAAAAUAAUAAUUAGAAAGGAGAAACUACUUGGUAUUUUUGAACGUUUGCAAUCGUAAGGCUGAAUUCCAAUAAUAAAUUAUGUGCAUAUCAUAUUAUUUUUUAUAAUAUUAAUGUUAGGUGAAUAAUGCUUAAAAAUGUUAAAAAAUUUAUAACAGAGGAACAAUUUAGAAAUAUCGUUACGAUUAGUUAUUUGAUCAAUUUAUUAAAUAUUAAGAGUUAUAUCAAUUUUCAAUAUUUAUAUGCCGCUACAAAAAAUAGAUCUUUUUUCUAAUUCCUGCAGUUGUUAAUAAGAUGGUUAAGAACCUUAUUAAUUAUAAGGAAAUAUAUAAAUUAAGGUAUACGUAGGAAUUCAAAAAAAUCGAUUUUUUUUUCUUAUUACGUAUUUUUAUCCUGUAUUGUUAUUAAUAUUUAUAUACAAUAAAUAAUAUCAAUUAUAUUUACAAAAGCCUUUGGGACUGAAAUAAAGUUAUGAUUACAAUA